GCGGGCGCUGCAUUAAGGCGAGGGGGCUUCCAGAGCUCAGCCAACAGCCAGGAGCAGUGACCGAGCCGCUGGAGCUGGGGAGAGAGAGAGAGAGACGCACCGGGGGUUAGGCAGACCGGGCCAAGGAGACCACGGGACCGAGGGGACGCGUGUCCGGAGAGAGCCACCGAGCAACCGAGACCCGGGAGGCGACCUCGGUGGGCUGCGCGCAACUAUUCCAGCCGCUGGCCUGACCGUAGCCGCUGCGCCAGGACAUUUAUCCUAAAGCUCUCCAAGCCGCCCCAUCCCCCCGACUCUUCUUCGCGUGGCGAAAGGAAAGGGGGAGAGAGAAAGGAAAAAAAAAAAGGGUAGGGGGGAAGGAAGGAGACUUAAAAGGGGAAAAACCGCAUUUGCCAAAACAACGAGGAAAAGAGGUGGGGAAGGAAAAAAGGAGGAAAAAAAAAAAAGGAAAGUGGAGCGAGCGACUGUGCGGGGCUGCUGGCCGGGCAUCGGGGGAGCUGGAGCCGAGCGAUGCGGGGCUGUGCGCCUAGGCGGCGGCGACUUGUGACUGAAGCCAGGAUGCUGGGCCAGGCGCUGUGAAGAGCCGAGAACCUCCCCGGAGGAGCCCGAGAGCCCGGGAGGGCCGCCCCGAGGACACGGAAGGCCGCCUGGCAGGCCACCGGCCCAGGUGACGGGGCCGGGGCGGUGGGGAACGGAACGGAACAGAGCGCGCGUCUGGCUGAAAUCCCCCCGAAGUUGUUCCUUUCUGGUUUCGACUCACAAAAUCAAAAAAAAAAAAAACCAAAAAAAACAACAACAAAAAACCAACAACAACAAAAACCCACUUCUCCGAAAGGAGGGAAAAUUAAGCAACAACUGCAAUCAACAACAAAAAAUCUACUCUGUUGUCAGCCGUCCCUCCUCCCCUCGGCCUGCCCCUGUCCCCUCCCCAGGGCCCAGCGCGGGGCGACUGUCCCAACCCCGUUGCAAGAUGCCGGCAGUUUAGGAUCCAAAGCUUCCUCUCUCUGUCCUUUUUUUCCCCCCUUUAUUUCAUUUUUUUUAAAAAGAGGAGGAACCCCCGGUGGUGGGCAAGCCUGGCACGCACACCCACGCCUUCACAUCCCAACAAAAGCAGAUGCACUUUGACUUCUGACAGCUCUACCUCAAGCCGGAGAGAAACCAGCGCCUCGCUUCCCGAACCCCGCUCUCACCCGGGCGGCGUCUUCCUCUACUUCUCCGGCUUAUUUAUUUCUUUCUGUUCCCGGUGACCUUCACUCCUCCGCGGGCACUGGGCAGAGGAGCCGCUUUCUUGCCCUCCCGAAACUGCUCUUCCUUGCCUGGGGAAGCGGAGGUGGCGCUGCUCCAUCCCGGGGCUCUGGGACUCCCCGGUUGUCCCUCGCCGCCUUAGAGUUUCUCCCCCUCUCUUGAUUUCCCUGGGGCGGGUUUGGGGUUGCACGGGCGGAGAGGGGUGUGCCGGUAUCUCCUCUUUUUGGAGGAACUGGGCCUUUCAGGCUGGUCGUCUUCGGAGUCUUGUCCUGGUCUCUCCGGGCCUCACCCGACCAAACCAAAGACCAUGGUGCACUGUGCGGGCUGCAAAAGGCCCAUCCUGGACCGCUUCCUCUUGAACGUGCUGGACAGGGCCUGGCACGUGAAGUGCGUGCAGUGCUGUGAAUGUAAGUGCAACCUCACAGAAAAGUGCUUCUCCCGGGAAGGCAAGCUGUACUGCAAGAACGACUUCUUCCGAUGUUUUGGUACCAAAUGUGCGGGCUGCGCGCAGGGCAUCUCCCCUAGCGAUCUGGUGCGGAGAGCUCGGAGCAAAGUGUUUCACCUAAACUGCUUCACCUGCAUGAUGUGUAACAAGCAGCUUUCCACCGGCGAGGAGCUCUACAUCAUCGACGAGAACAAGUUCGUCUGCAAAGAGGAUUACCUAAGCAACAGCAGUGUCGCCAAAGAGAACAGCCUCCAUUCGGCCACUACGGGAAGUGACCCAAGUUUGUCUCCGGAUUCCCAAGACCCAUCGCAAGAUGACGCCAAGGACUCAGAGAGUGCCAAUGUGUCCGAUAAGGAAGGGGGCAGUAACGAGAAUGACGACCAGAACCUAGGCGCCAAGCGCAGAGGACCUCGCACCACCAUCAAAGCCAAGCAGCUGGAGACGUUGAAAGCGGCAUUUGCAGCUACGCCCAAGCCCACCCGACACAUUCGUGAACAGCUGGCCCAGGAGACCGGCCUCAACAUGCGUGUCAUCCAGGUUUGGUUCCAGAACCGGCGCUCCAAGGAGAGGAGGAUGAAACAGCUAAGCGCACUGGGCGCCCGGCGCCACGCCUUUUUUCGCAGCCCGCGCCGGAUGCGGCCGCUCGUGGACCGCCUGGAGCCGGGCGAGCUCAUCCCCAACGGACCCUUCUCCUUUUACGGAGAUUACCAGAGCGAAUACUACGGUCCCGGGGGCAACUACGACUUCUUCCCGCAAGGUCCUCCGUCCUCGCAGGCCCAGACGCCAGUGGACCUACCCUUCGUGCCGUCGUCCGGGCCGUCGGGGACGCCUCUGGGCGGCCUGGAUCAUCCACUGCCCGGCCACCACCCGUCGAGCGAGGCGCAGCGAUUCACCGACAUCUUGGCGCAUCCUCCAGGGGACUCGCCCAGCCCCGAGCCCAGCCUGCCCGGGCCUCUGCAUUCCAUGUCGGCGGAGGUUUUCGGACCCAGCCCACCCUUCUCGUCGCUCUCGGUGAACGGUGGGACCAGCUAUGGAAACCACCUGUCCCACCCCCCUGAAAUGAACGAGGCGGCCGUGUGGUAGCGGGGGGUCUCACGCGGUCUGCGGAGCUUGUGGUUGUACAGAAAUGAACUUUUAUUUAAGAAACAAAAAUAGGACAAAAAUAAAAAAAAGGAGGAAAAAGAACACAGAAAGUAAGCCUCACGCUCCUCUUCCUCCGGCCUCCUUGAGGGACCAUUCUCAGUUUGGGGGAGACCGGAUGGGAAAGGGGGGGCUAUAAACUAGGAUCCAAAUCCGCCUCGCGUUGGGACUGGGAUUCACGCACUGGCGGGCGAAGUGCAGAACUGGGGCUCCGGAAGGGGAAUGCAGAGCUCUCCCCACCUCUCACCUGGACCCGGAUCCGUGGACAGACUCUGCGGACCUGUCUGUGCCCCUGGCCGGCAGAACGACGAAGUCCGUGCCCACUGCUGGCGCUCAGUCUUGGGCGAUGCCAACAGACUGGGGAGGGAGGCCCUGAGGCGCACUGCCGGGGGAGGGAGAGAAGUGGGCCAGGGGCGCUCUCCAGCCAGCCGGGAGGGUCCUAGCUCUGGCAUAUCCCUUAUUAAUGUUGUCUCAGAGUUCAGUGACAACGUCAACAAACUCUAUAACUUCAGAAACACCGACCUGCUGUGCAUCAGGUGGGACUCUCUCUAUAUAUUUUUGUCUAUCUGGGUUUUUGAUUUUUGUUUUUGCCAAAAUUGCAAGAUUCUAAGUGUAAAGCCCUCAAUAUCAACUGUUCUACCUUCACAACAAAUCUCUCUUUUACACACGCACGCGCGCACACACACACACACACACACACACGCACGCACGCACCCACGCACCCCACAGGAUGGCCUCCAGCCAGACCUCUCAGUAAAAUGACUUGAACAUGAGCUGUACAAGAAAAGUAUUCUACCUUCACACACAAAAGUUUAAAAAAAAAAGACUAUGGAACUAAAAACAGUCAACUGUUUACGUAUGAUGUUAAAUUCAGGAGUUCAGUGUUUUACUAAUAUAUCCUGUUUUGAAACCUCUUGUUCAAAAACAAAAUGUUUUGAACAAUCAACCAAAAUUGUUCUUUUUUUUUUUUUUUUCCUGUAGAUGUUCUGACAGCUUUGCAGGGCUUUCGGCUCACUGUGCUAGUAUGUAAAAAGGUGUUGUUUACACGAGGCAAAGAGAAAACAUGAUAUUCAGACAGUUGCCAAAUAGAAUAAUGAUAGCACAAAGACUGUAAUGGUGCCUGGCACCAGCAACCCGAGGAAGUGUUAAAAAAAAUAGUGUUACAAGGUUUAAAAAAAAACAUCUUUGCUAAUUUUUAGUCCUGUUGAACAUUCAUGGAAUUGUUAAUAUGACUUAUAUAGACCCACACAGGUUUUAUUUUUGUGUCUUUAAAAUAAAAGUCCAAAAUAUUUAAAUUUUAUGGUCAAAUAUGCAGUCAACAGCUGCUACUUUUUCUUUAUAUAUUAAAUUUCUCAUAUGUCUUUUAUUGUUCUAAUAAACCUAAGCUUGUGUGACCUCCAGUGCAUAUUAGACCAUUCACUGUAUGAA